UGCAGUGUUCUCCAGCUUGUCAGCAGCUCGUCAUCGCUGGUGUAGUGUGUGUGGUGUGUGCACGGCCGCAGGCGCGCCGCCGAGGGGCCGGGCAGCUGCAUCUCAGGAGACCAACUUCAACACACACAAUAAAGAAAAAGGGGGCAGCUGACGUGUCGCGCCACAACGUGACGUGUACGGCCCGGAGGCGUCACAAUUGACGUUGACUGCAUUCCAGCCGCUCUUAUGGAGAUACCGGCGUUCCUCCUAUAGGCGAGCAGCUUUUGCGAGCCCCCACCCCCUCCUUAAACAUAAAUGACGUUCACAAAGUGAGGAAUUGUACUGAUAUCGGUCUGCACAUAAACAAAGGCACAUUGCAAUCGGAGGAGCGUUCACAACACAGCAAAGGGGCAGAGGGAACGGUUUCAAAUACUUUUCUCUACUGAUGAACUCGCGGGAAGAAGGAGGAUCCGGAUCUGCAACAGAACUAAGUCAUUUAUUGGGAGUGAUAUUUUAAAGACAACUGUCUCUGUGCAAUAUCCAUGAUUAGGACUGGACGCCUACUCGCAACUUGGAAGGCUAUUUGAUUACAUGUAAAGACGGAACCGUCACAGCAAUCAAAUCUCGGUUCGGAAGAGCUUCCCCCACCGAGCCCGAGUACCGAGUCAGUGCAGCGAAGUGCUGAGAGCAGCCAACCCAGAGACUACCCAUUGACAGCGGCCGAGCCUCUGGCAGCCCACCGAGCCAACAUUCAGCGAGCCAAAUAUCUCCCUUCCUCAGCACACACAGGUACACACUGGAGGCUACAAGGUUAUAUGUAAACAACAGAAUACACCCACAAGUGUAUAAUACACACGAAGAUAUGCCCUGUGUGCAAACUCAAUACAGCUCGUCGCCACAAGGUGCCAGUUUUGCAGCUCAGAGUUACGCUUAUGGUGGAGAUUACACCUCUGACUUGGUGCAUACUGAAUCCCCCUAUAUGAAGUUUGGCAUGGACAUGGGCAGCACUGAAAUUACAGCCACUACGUCCCUGCCCAGUUUCAGUACCUUCAUGGAGACUGGUUACUCUGGCAGCUACGAGUUCAAACCGUCGUGUGUGUAUCAAAUGCACUCUUCUUCCUCACAGAGACCCCUCAUUAAACUGGAAGAUGCCUCCCAUCACAGCUACCAGCCAUCGAUCCAGCAUCAAACAGAGGACAUCAUGCCAUCGACCUCCAUUUACUUCAAGCAGUCUCCCCCAUCAACUCCUACCACACCGCAAUUCACAACUCCACAGUCAUCCAUGUGGGAUGAGCCUCACACGUUGCCUCCAGUGACCCAGACUUGCAUGGCCUCAGGUCAUAUCUUGGAUGCCUCCCUGAAGACCGCACCGCCGAGAUUUCCAGUAUUCGCCUUCAAACAAUCUCCGCCACACACUCCGGCUCCCAGCAGCCACAUGUGUUAUGAACCCACACUGAACAUGCCUAUGGGAGCUGAUAGUGCGUCUACACAGUCUGUAAUGGACACUCAUCAAUACCCGCUGCACUUGGUUAAGGGGUCUGGCUUGGGCUUCCACCCAAUGUCUGUUGGCCAGAGUACCCAGAGCCUACCCUCUCCCCCGAGCAGAGGCUCAUCUUCUGCAGAGGGGAUGUGCGCUGUUUGUGGGGACAAUGCAGCCUGUCAGCAUUAUGGAGUCAGAACCUGCGAGGGAUGCAAGGGGUUUUUUAAGAGGACGGUGCAAAAAAAUGCAAAAUACGUUUGCCUGGCGAAUAAAAAUUGUCCCGUGGACAAGAGGCGGCGCAAUCGAUGCCAGUACUGCAGGUUCCAGAAAUGCCUCAGCGUGGGGAUGGUUAAAGAAGUGGUCCGUACUGAUAGUUUAAAAGGGAGAAGGGGUCGUCUGCCCUCCAAACCAAAGAGCCCUCUCCAGGAGCCAUCCCCACCCUCACCUCCAAUCAGCUUGAUGAAUGCUCUUGUGCGGGCACUUGUAGACUCCACUCCCAGCAGUCAUAAUUACUCCCAGUUCUGUGCUACUGAACAGCCGACAGCUGGAAAUGAUGCCGAGUAUGUGCAUCAGUUCUAUGGCCUCCUUGCUACCUCCAUGGAGGUCACUCAGAAUUGGGCUGAAAAAAUACCAGGAUUCAGUGAUCUUCCUAAGGAAGAUAAGGCUCUACUCAUCGAAUCUGCCUUCCUUGAACUCUUUGUAUUGAGACUUUCUCACAGAUCUGCUCCAGCAGAGGAUAAGUUUGUGUUCUGUAAUGGACUUGUUUUGCAUCGACUUCAGUGCCUUCGUGGAUUUGGUGAAUGGCUUGACGCAAUCAAGGAAUUCUCUACAAAUUUACAAAGCCUUAACUUUGAUGUUUCAACUUUUGCAUGUCUAGCAGCUCUAGUUAUGAUCACAGAUCGCCAUGGGUUAAAAGAACCAAAGAAAGUGGAAGAGAUGCAAUCCCGGAUCAUCAGUUGUUUGAAGGAACACCUAUCAUUCAGCAGCCCUGGAGAAAACAAAGGGCAGCCGUUAUCCAAGGUAGUGGGGAUCAUACCUCAGCUGCGUUCUCUUUGUACACAGGGGCUCCAACGCAUUUUCUACCUAAAACUCGAGGACCUGGUGCCGCCCCCAGCCAUCAUCGACAAACUGUUUCUGGAUACACUGCCUUUCUGAGAUGUUUUAUCUCUUUUGUUUUUCUUGACAAUAACACACUUCUGUAACCAAGUGGAUUGUGUUUGGGGGAAAAUAAAACAGCUGGUGCUCUGGCGUCUAUACCCUACAAAGCAGCGCUUUAUGUCCAUAUCCAAGAAUAUUUCCUGGUUCUUUAUUCUGGAGGAUCCUGUACGUUAAAACUGUCUGCUUGCUGCUUUUGGGAAUGCUAACAUGGCACCUUGGGAACGAAACCUGGUAGAAAUGAUUAUCUGACUCUUUUUCAGUCUGUAACAUGUCAUCCCAAAAUUCUUGGGUGACUGCUAUAACUUUUUUAAAAUGUUAACAACAAAGUUGUUACAAAGAUAGUAUGCUUUUUAUUGUGAUUGAUGCCUUUAGUAUAGCUCCUGAUGUGUCAUAUGUACAGCAAGUGGUGGUGCGAGGAGUCACCUCUGAUGAAAAGUUCUGUUUUUAGAAUGCAGUGAUGAAAGGCUGUCGGCUCCUGUCCAAGUGCAAUUUAUUUGAAAGUGCUACAACUUUGAAGAAGUUUAUUUUGUUGGUUUUGUUUUUUUUCAAACUCUAAUUUAUUGUAAUACUAAAAGAAUUUGAUGAAAUACAAGAAAUUGUUGGCACUAACUUUACUGACAAAGUUACCUGAACUUGAAUUAUAGUGAUAAUAUGUACUGAUAAAAGUACAGUUGAUGCAGGGAUGCUUUGUGAACCAGAAGAGCACCUACAGAUUGCUUAGAAAGAAGAAUAUGUAGGAGUCAGGGGUGGGGUGGGGGGGAGGUGUGGGAAACACCAUUUAAUUUUUACAAUCUUUUGUGAAGUGUUUUAAGGAUGAUCAUGUAGAGUUUGGACAGAAGGAUAUCAAAGUACAGGAAAUACCAGAUAUUCUAAGGCAGAAUUAGUUGUUCCACCAGCCGACUUUACAAAUCCAGCAGGUCCUACUGAAUACUGUAGUUGUAAGAAUGUAGGUGCUAGUAGGAUGCAGUCAGCUGCAUUAAACAUUCCGUGUUCGUAAAAGUUUUUUGUAUGAUGUUUAUACUGUUGAUGCCAUAUACUAAUACAAAAUACUUUUGUUGCAUAAUGUCUUUUUCUAUAAAGAUUAUAUGCAUGUUAUUGUAAUGGCUUUGCCUGUAUUUAUUGCGACAAUUGCCGGUUGCUCAGAGUAACUCUGCAGGCUGAAUUCAGGAACCUUAGCUGUUAAAGGGGCAGUGCCUUGCUUUUGACAACAGAGUGAAUUCACAAACCAUCUCUGUGCUCCCUUAGCAUCCAAUAGUGUUCUAUUGUGUUAACCUGUGUGUUUUCAAAUGUUGAGUACAUUGUACAUAGAUAUGUAAAUUAAAAUAUUAAAUUGAAUAACAUUUUAUCAUAA